AAAAGCCCUCAGUUAUGCACGAAGACCAGCCUGCUGGACACUGUAACAUGCAAAUGAAGCAGAAGCUUCGAAAUGGUGCUGAAAUAAUCAAAAGCGACCAGUUCAGAUCAGACAAGGCACCAGCUGGAGUCGAAGAGGCACAAUAUGGCGAAACGCCUAACCUACAAGUGAAGCUAAACCGAUCCAGAAAAAGAUCGAUAGCGCUGCAGAACUGGAAAUGGGACGAAGUCAUCGACCUCUCCAGUUCUGACAAUGAUGAAGAAGAAGAUGAACUGGAAAAUGAUGAAUGGAUGAAUGCUGAUUGGGGUGACAAUGAUGGCGUGGAGUCCUUCCUAAGAUGCAGCAAAACCCGCCGUAUUUCAGCCACGAAACAAUUUUGA